GCCCCCCCUUUUUUUGGUUUGGAUUGAAGUUCACACAGGUGUUCUUUUUUUUUUCUUUCUUUCUGCGUGUUGUUUGUUGUUAGUUCCUUCUGUAUUCUACACGGAGAGCCACCGCAGGUUGUGUAGCUGACAGGUGGCGUUGACACUCUAGCAUCCACCUCGGAAGGGACAUACAUCGUUUCUUUCACGGCUUUCAUAUUUCUCUGGUGAAAGUGUGGUGGAAUCGGCUAAGUAUCUCGAAUCAAACACGGGAAAAAAGAAACAUAUACAUAAAUAAAUAAAUAAAUAAAUAAAUAAAUAAAUAUAUAUAUAUAUAUAUGUAUAUAUAUAUCUCAAUACGUAUAAGUCAGCAAAGAUGGCAGAUAUUAUCACCUUCUCUGAUGGUAAGCUGGCGGUGCCCUCGCACCCCACCAUCCCGUACAUCGAAGGCGAUGGCAUCGGAAAGGAGAUCACCGCGGCUGCGCGCCGCAUCUUCGACGCCGCUGUGGUCAAGGCGUACGGCGAUGCACGUAAGGUGUCGUGGAUGGAGGUGCUUGCGGGUCAGAAAGCAUUCGACGCCAAAGGCACGUGGCUUCCAGACGAGACGAUCGAGUCCUUCGGAAAGUACCGCGUUGGGCUGAAGGGCCCUCUCACGACUCCUGUCGGCGAGGGCAUUCGCUCCCUCAACGUGGUGCUGCGUCGCCGUCUGGACCUCUUUGUGUGCGUGCGUCCCGUCCGCUGGUUCACCGGUGUCGGCUCGCCGAUGAAGCACCCGGAGUGGGUGGACAUGGUGGUCUUCCGUGAGAACACCGAGGAUAUUUACUCUGGCAUUGAGUGGGCGCAGGGCUCCCCUGAGGCACAGAAGUUCACGCAGUUCCUGGUGAAGGAGAUGGGCGUGAAGGAGGUGCGCUUCCCCGCUACGAGCGCCUACGGCGUGAAGCCCGUUUCGGUGGAGGGCAGCGAACGUCUGGUGCGGGCGGCGAUUCAAUUCGCCGUGGACCAUCACCUCCCGUCCGUCACUCUAGUGCACAAAGGCAACAUCAUGAAGUUCACGGAGGGCGGCUUCAAGAAGUGGGGCUACGCGCUGGCCGAGCGCGAGUUCGCCGAUGCGGUCUUCACGGCGACGCAAUACGACGCGCUGAAGGAGAAGAGCGGCAAGGAGGCGGCCGACGCGGCCAUGCGUGCGGCAACGGACAGCGGCAAGGUGAUUAUAAAGGACUGCAUCUGUGAUGCCUUUUUGCAGAACACUGUUCUGCGUCCGCUGGACUACAGCGUGAUUGCCACCAUGAACCUGAACGGCGAUUACAUUUCGGAUCAGCUGGCGGCACUGGUCGGCGGCAUUGGAAUAUCCCCGGGAGGGAACAUCAACUACACGACAGGCCACGCCAUCUUUGAGGCGACGCACGGCACGGCGCCGGAUAUCGCGGGGCAAGGAACGGCGAACCCAUCGUCUCUUAUUCUGUCGGGUGCGAUGAUGUUUGACUACAUGGGCUGGUCGGAGGUGUUCGCGCACAUUAUUAACGCGAUGGAGAUGGUCUUCCAGUCAAACAUGGCGACUGGCGAUCUCACCCGUCAGAUGCAAGGCGCUAAGACGCUUUCCACGGAGGAAUUUGCGGAUGCUAUCAUCAAGAAGAUCAACGGCGAUGGAGCUUGA